AUGUUUACGCCUGCCUUGCUAACGGCGCACAGCUGCGUCGGACACGUCCAUCUGAUCCUCGGUUCGGGGCCUCUCGCUGCCGCAAGGUGCACAAAGUCUCUCGAGGUUGGCGCUCGACCGAUCGUUGUGUUUCCUGAAACCGAGCAACCCCACUUCACGCUUGCUGCAGCCAUUGAUCAGGGCAGGGUGUCAUGGCUACGACGGGACUUUGAAGAGCAGGACCUGAAGACAUGCGGCAGAGAAAAGGUAGACGGAUACGUGGACGCCGUGUUUGUCACUCUCCCCGCCAAAGACCCUCGCAGCUCGCACGUGUCCAGUGUCUGCAAGCGCUUGCGCAUACCGGUUAAUGUCGUGGAUGCACCGAACCUUUGCACGUUCACGCUCCUGUCGACCUAUUCAGAUGGCCCACUCCAAAUCGGCAUAACAACAUCCGGCAAUGGCUGCAAACUGUCGUCGCGCAUUCGACGUGAGAUUGUAUCCGCCCUGCCUCCAAAGUUCGGUGCUGCUGUCGAGAGACUGGGAACUGUUCGGAGGCGCAUAUGGGCAGAGGACUACAGGUCGAACACCUCCAACGCCGCCGAAGUGCCCGAUGCUGAAGCCGAAGAUGAAGAAGCCGCGGCGCAGAAACAUACCUUCAAUUCAUUAAUAAAGGAAGACGAUCGGGAUCCAGCUGUUUUGCGCACCCGUCGGAUGAGAUGGCUUUCGCAGAUAUGCGAGUACUGGCCCCUCAGUCGACUUGCAGCAGUCACGGACGCCGACGUGGCCGCAAUCCUCGAGGCUUACAGAACCACCGCUCAACCUCCUGCCCCGGGUUCUGACAACACCUCUAGCCUACUUCCGUCGCUACCUCCUCGCAAAGGCACGAUCACCUUGGCCGGAUCAGGUCCAGGACAUCCUUCUCUGCUCACGAUCGCCACCCGGACAGCCAUUGAGACAGCCCACGUGAUUCUGGCCGACAAGCUCGUUCCAGCCGAAAUCCUAGCUCUGAUCCCUCGGAGAACGCCUGUCCACAUCGCCCGGAAAUUCCCAGGCAACGCGGACGCCGCGCAGGAGGAGAUGCUACAGAUGGGACUGGAGACCAUGGAGCAAGGCAAGGAUGUUCUCCGACUGAAGCAAGGUGAUCCUUAUCUGUACGGUCGCGGAGCCGAGGAGGUGACCUUCUUCCGCGAACGAGGUUUCGACGUGCGGGUGAUACCUGGCAUUACCAGCGCACUCUCGGCACCCAUGUUCGCCGAUAUCCCCGUCACUCAUCGAGCUGUGGCCGACCAAGUCGUCAUCUGCACCGGGACGGGGAGAAAGGGGGCCGCGCCCGAGCCGCCAUCUUACAGAAAAAGCAAGACCGUGGUAUUCCUGAUGGCGCUGCACAGACUAGACAGUCUGGUCAAAAGCCUGACGCAGUCUUCGGAGGAUCAGCACCAGCAAGAAGCGACAGGACGCACACUCUGGCCCUCUAGUACACCUUGCGCCGUGGUCGAACGAGCCAGCUGCCCCGAUCAGAGAGUGAUCCGAUCGACCCUCGAGCAUGUGUGUCAAGCCGUGGAAGAAGAAGGAUCCAGACCACCCGGCCUCCUAGUUGUCGGCCACUCCUGCGAAGUCUUGUACAAGCCCGCCCAAGACAAGAGAUGGAGAGUCGAAGAAGGGUUCAGAGGUCUGGAAAGUGGCGGGCCGGCAGCUGCUUCAGAGUUGGACAUCCUAAAAGAGUUGGAAAAUAUGUCCUCGGGGGAUGUGGCCAAGGAGCGCGGCCCCAAAGUAAACGGGGAACCGCAUCCUGCUAAUAUAAUAACGACCCGAUAA